AUAAAUAGAUGGAUGGACGGGGCUUAUGCUCAGUGUGCUGAAGUCUGUCAACUCGAAACGCGAAACAAGGGAUCGUCAAUCAUAACUCUCUCAGUGCUCAGUCAAGGAGGUGCCAACAAUAACACUAUGAAAUUCUUACUUUUGACCGUGUUCGUUUGCCUUGCCGUCUGCUUUAUGGCAACCAGUGCUGUUCCUUUGGAGGAGGCCAUACCAGAGGGCAUUGAGGGUCCUGGCAGCGAACCCGUCAACCCAACCGAUGAUCAGUCCUUCCUGCUCAAGCUGAAGCUCUUAAAGAAACUCCUCUUCCUGGGUUAAUUCACGAGCCUAUCUACAUUUCUAUUAACAAAAUAUUUAGUAUACCUUGUGUCUAGUAUUUAAGGCAGAUAACUAUUAAAAAAAAUUAUGAUAAACAACUA